AGGCAGAUCAUGACAGCAGGCAAAUUCGGACAGCGCUAGGGACGGACCGUCCCGGUUUGAUUAGAAUAUUUUCCCCUAAAUAAUACUUGGAGCCUUUAACGCUCCUGUGUUGUGGCUGUUGGGCAGCUCACAAUCCGUGAGGUGUACAUGUUUCCUAAUCCAAUUGGAACACAGAAAAUGCAGGCAGCCACAGCACAGCCGAGCUUACCCCUCAUCUAAUUUUGACAGUUGGGCUGAGAUAAGGACCUUUCAUACUCACCCAGAAGGCACAUGGGUUCAUCGCCUGACGACGAUGGAGGUGCUAGGAGUUGCUGCCAACGUCAUCGCAGUCGUUGACCUAUCCAUCAAGGUCGCGUCGCUGUGCAUCCAGUACGCCAAGGAUGUGAAAAAUGCCGCAGCCGAUAUUGAACGACUCAAAAAGGAGGUUAACAACCUGAAAGGAGUUUCCGAAGCAGUACAGGAGUUGCUGGAUAGUCCCAACGGCGCGAAACUCGAGAAAUCACAGAGACUAAAGGAUGGCCUCGACAACGGUCUGUCGCAACUUAAAUCGCUGAAGCUAAGGCUUACACCUCGGACGUCCCGUAAGGCGAUGAGCAGAAUAGGCCUUCAUGCAUUGAAAUGGCCAUUUCAGAGCAAAGAGGUGGACGAUUUAGUCGGGAGGCUUAGGCGAUACGCCGAGACAAUCGAUCGGAUUCUCCAAGUGGAACAGACGGGUAUCCUUCUCCAUAUCGACCAAGAACUACUCAGCAUCGACCAAAAGACGGUACUCAAUAGACUUCCUAUAGCUACAGGGGCAUCUUUUGACUCUCUCGCCGAAGAACAUAACCCGACAUGCCUGCAAGACACCCGAGUCGACCUCCUCCGGCAAAUACAUGAAUGGGCCAAAGACCCUUGUGCCAAGCCUAUUUACUGGCUCAAUGGCAUGGCUGGAACGGGGAAAUCUACCAUAUCCCGCACUGUUGCUCGGUCUUUCGCUGCGUCAGGUCACCUCGGCGGGAGCUUCUUCUUCAAGAGAGGAGAGAUCGACCGAGGGAGCGUAUCCAAGUUCUUCACGACCGUCGCUGCCCAGUUGGCGGAAAGAGAGCCUGCUAUCGCACCACACAUCAAGGCUGCUAUUGAUGCUGAU